AGCAUCACCCAGAUCGCGCUGUCGGAGGAGAGCAUGGAGGAGGGGAUCGAGUGGAACUCGGCCCUGACGGCUGCCGUCACCAUGGCCACUGAGGAAGGCGUGAAAAAGGACACGGAUGAGAUCUCGGAGGACACGCUGAUGUUCUGGAAAGGAAUAGCUGACGUGGGGCUGAUGGAAGAGGUGGUGUGCAACAUCCAGAAGGAGAUAGAAGAAGUCCUCAGGGGCGUCCAGCAGAGGUUGGGUCAGUCUCCCUUCCAGAUGACAGAUGCUGCGGUCUUGAACAACGUUGCCCACACGUUUGGCCUGAUGGACACCGUCAAGAAGGUUCUGGACAACAGGAAAAACCAGACGGAGCAAGGAGAGGAGCAGUUUCUUUACACACUGGCAGACCUGGAGCGGCAGCUGGAAGAGCAGAAGAAACUCGCCAAGGACCAGAAGGCGAAGUCCCAAACCAUCCAGAACGUGGUGCUGAUGCCCGUCAGCGCUCCCAAGCCCCCCAAGAGACCCCGCCUGCAGCGCCCGGCCUCGGCCACCGUCCUCAGCCCCUCCACCCCCAUCCAGCAGCCGCAGUUCACGGUCAUCUCGCCCAUCGCUAUCGCGCCCGUCGGACAACAGUUCUCCGUGGGCAACAUCCCGGUGGCAACCAUUAGCCAAGGCUCCAGCCCGGUGACUGUUCAUACCUUGCCGUCUGGCUCCCAGGUGGCCAUGGAGUCCGGCCUGACUUCCACCAUCCAAGCCGUGGAGGGCACCUCGGACGACGGGCAGACCAUCAUAGAGAUCGACCCGGCGCCGGAUCCCGAAGCGGACACGGACGAGUCGGAGGGCAAAGCUGUGAUCCUGGAGACGGAGCUGAGGACUGAGGAGAAAGUGGUGGGAGACGUGGAGGACCACCAGCACCAGGUCCAUAACGUGGAGAUUGUGGUCUUGGAGGACUAG